CCUCCAUCCUUGAAUCAAGCAUCACUUUGCUUCCAAAUUGGCUUGUCAUUUUCUCUCUCGCUCGUUCCCUAGCUGUCGGUUCGCACGGACGAUCUAGCGAUGGACUGGCGCUGAUCUCGCGGAUUGUGCCAUCGCUGGAGCCACUCUGCGCAUUUUCCUCUCAUUCUAGAAAAACACUGAUCGGGAUACAACACAGGGCUCUGAUCCCCCAUGUCCACCAUAGAUCCAUUGGGUUUGGGGGACGAAGGAUAGGCUACUCGAUAUAUCCUGUUCCUCACCGUGCUUCUUCAGGAGGCUUCGAGCCAAGUAAAGGCGCAUCUGGGAACGAAAGCUCAAAACAUCAUCUGCGUGUUUUAGUCACACACGGACACACUGUCAAGGGAAUUAAGGAGCAUUCCGAGAUCACACAGCCCGAUGCUGUUGAACACAUCCAGAGCUUACUAUUAUUCCGGUGCUUUAUGAGAUGCGGUGUGCGCGUCAGAGAGAAGCUCCAUGGCUAAUGUGAGACACAUCUUCAGCGAGUCUGUGCAGAGGUCAUCAGGGUCAUCGGCGGUCAUGUGGUCCACACGCCUACUUUUCUUCUUCGCCCUCUUCACACCUGUCACGCUCGUUUUAAGUCGUGCUCCAGUGCCGAUGGCUGUGGUGCGUCGAGAGCUGUCAUGUGAGGGUUAUCCUAUCGAGCUGCGCUGCCCGGGCACCGAUGUCAUUAUGAUCGAGAGUGCCAAUUAUGGGCGCACAGAUGACAAGAUCUGUGACUCGGACCCCGCUCAAAUGGAGAACACUCGCUGCUAUCUGCCUGAUGCCUACAAGAUUAUGGGCCUCAGGUGUAACAACCGAACUCAGUGUGCAGUCGUCGCUGGCCCUGAUGUUUUUCCUGACCCGUGUCCUGGAACGUACAAAUACCUUGAGAUUCAGUACGAGUGUGUGCCAUACAAAGUGGAACAGAGAGUCUUUCUCUGUCCAGGUGUAUUGAGAGGUGUGUACCAGAGUGAACACCUCUUUGAGUCAGACCACCAGUCUGGAUCAUGGUGUAAAGACCCCCUACAGUCAUCCAACAAGAUCUACUAUAUGCCCUGGACUCCAUACCGCACAGAUACACUGACUGAGUACUCAUCUAAGGAGGACUUUAUUGCAGGUCGACCCACCACGACAUACAAACUACCCCAUCGUGUGGACGGCACCGGGUUUGUGGUGUACGAUGGUGCACUUUUCUUCAACAAGGAGCGUACACGCAACAUUGUUAAAUUCGACCUGCGAACUCGUAUCAAGAGUGGUGAGGCGAUUAUUGCUAACGCUAACUACCACGACACCUCGCCGUAUCGCUGGGGUGGGAAAUCUGACAUCGAUCUGGCAGUGGAUGAAAAUGGACUGUGGGUAAUUUAUGCCACCGAACAGAACAAUGGACGAAUUGUGGUCAGUCAGCUCAACCCAUACACACUACGAGUGGAGGGAUCAUGGGAUACGUCAUACGAUAAGCGAUCGGCCUCCAAUGCCUUUAUGAUCUGCGGAAUCCUGUACGUAGUGAAGAGCGUUUACGAAGAUGACGAUAAUGAAGCAUUGGGGAAUAAAAUUGACUACAUGUACAACACAGAGAAGAGCCGUGAAACACACCUCAGCUUUCCAUUCCCAAAUUCCUACCAAUAUAUCGCAGCUGUGGACUACAAUCCUCGAGACAAUUUGCUGUACGUGUGGAACAACUACCAUGUUGUCAUAUAUUCUCUCGACUUUGGGAACAAUGACAACAGAUUGGGCUUUGAUCCUCCUUCUUCAGUCUUGCUUCCUGAUACUCUUCCUCCAGUACGCAGCUCCAUGACUCCUCCACGCCCAUAUACGGGCACGCUCCGCCCCUCUCUCACUACUACCACGACAACCACCAUGGCUCCGCCUCGCCGCCAUAACAACAUCCUCCCAGAAGCCCUGACACGGUCACCUCCCUCCCUGCAGACUCCAGUCGCUGUUGACUAUUGUGCCCCACGUCUCACUGCUGAAAUCUCCUGGCCACGGACACACCAGGGACAGGUUGCUAAGCAACCGUGCCCACCUGGCACCAUAGGUGUAGCCACGUUUAAUUGUUUGCUUGGCUACUGGGAUCCAAAGGGACCAGAUCUGAGCAACUGCACCUCACCGUGGACCAAUCACAUCACUCAAAGAAUGAGAUCGGGAGAAACCGCUGCUAUAGUAGCACGGGAGUUGGCUGAACAGACGAAGGGAGAGUUGAGACCCGGAGAUGUUCCUUCCACAGUCAAAGCCAUGGCACAACUGGUGGAACUGCUGGACGUACAGCUGCGAAAUCUCACCCCGGGGGGAAAAGACACAGCAGCACGUAGCUUAAACAAGCUCCAGAAGAGAGAGCGGUCGUGCCGUUUCUUCAUACAGGCCAUGGUAGAAACGGUGAAUAACCUUCUGCAGGUGCGAUCCCAAGCGGCGUGGAGGGAGCUGUCUGUGGCCGAGCAGCUGCGAUGCGCAACCAUGCUGCUAGAUACGGUGGAGACCGGCGCCUUCAUGCUCGCAGACAACCUCCUCAAAACCGACACCAUACAGGAGAGCACCGACAACAUACAACUGGAGGUGGCACGUCUAAGUACAGAUGUUAAUCUGGUUGAUCUAAUCUUCCCUCAAUCUGGACUAACCGGCAACUCCAUUCAUCUCUCCGCCAACACACUCAAACAGCAAGGACGCAAUGGUGAGAUCCGCAUGGCGCUUGUUCUCUAUAAGAACCUCGGUCAAUACCUGUGCACGGAGAACGCUAGCGUGCGUCUGGGCAGUGUAGCGGCCUAUCCAAACUAUUCCCUGAUAGUCAACUCACCUGUUAUUACAGCAGCUAUUAAUAAAGACAAUAACAAGGUCUACCUGUCUGAACCUGUGGUCUUCACUGUCAAACACAUACAGCAGUCGGAAGAGAACUUCAAUCCGAACUGCUCUUUUUGGAGUUACUCCAAACGCACUAUGACGGGAUAUUGGUCCACUCAGGACUGCAGACUACUCGGCACCAACCGCACUCACACCUCCUGUUCCUGCACACACCUCACUAACUUUGCAGUGCUUAUGGCCCACGUGGAAGUCAAGAAAGCGGACCAGGUGCAUGAGCUGCUGUUGGACGUCAUAACGUGGGUGGGGAUCCUGCUGUCUCUGGUCUGCCUGCUCAUCUGCAUCUUCACCUUCUGUUUCUUCCGCGGUCUCCAAAGCGACAGGAACACCAUCCACAAGAACCUCUGCAUCUCCCUCUUUAUUGCCGAAACACUCUUCCUCACUGGAAUCAACCGUGCAGACCAGCCCAUCGUCUGUGCGGUGUUUGCGGCUCUGCUGCAUUUCUUCUUCUUGGCUGCAUUUACAUGGAUGUUUCUGGAAGGCGUACAGCUGUACAUCAUGCUGGUGGAAGUGUUCGAGAGCGAGUACUCGCGCACCAAGUACUUCUAUCUCACUGGAUACGGAGUGCCUGCUGUUAUAGUGGCUGUGUCUGCCGCCGUGGACUAUCGCAGCUAUGGAACCGAAAGAGUGUGCUGGCUACGGUUGGAUACUUACUUUAUCUGGAGUUUCAUUGGGCCUGCUACUCUCAUCAUCAUGCUAAAUGUUAUUUUCCUGGGCAUUGCACUAUAUAAGAUGUUUCACCACACAGCGAUUCUCAAGCCUGACUCCGGUUGCCUGGACAACAUCAAGUCCUGGGUUAUAGGUGCCAUAGCUCUGCUGUGUCUGCUGGGGCUGACCUGGGCAUUUGGACUGAUGUAUAUCAAUGAGAGUACAGUCAUCAUGGCUUACCUCUUCACCAUCUUUAACUCGCUGCAGGGAAUGUUCAUCUUCAUAUUUCACUGCAUCCUGCAGAAGAAGAUCAGGGUGUAAAAAGAAUAUUAAAAAUGCAAACUGUAUGUGUGUGUGUGUAGCGGGAAGAGUGUGGAGUCAACCAUCUCCACUUCAACAAAGACCAGUACAGCCCGCACACCUGGACGCUAUUCCACCAACUCACAGAGUCGUAUUCGUAGGAUGUGGAAUGACACUGUCAGGAAGCAGUCAGAGUCAUCUUUCAUCACCGCUGAUAUGAACAGCUCAGCGUCUCUCAACAGAGGUACCAUGGCUAACCAUAUCAUCUCCAAUGCUUUGUUACGUCCUCAUGGCACUAAUCCUUAUAACACACUACUGGGAGAGUCUGCUGUGUACAAUAACCCUACUGCCAACAUGUUCAACACGCAAGCCUCCUACAGAGAUUCAAAAGGCAUUCUCAACAACGCGCGGGACUCCAGCGUAAUGGAUACGCUGCCGCUUAACGGUAAUCACGGCAACAGCUAUGGUGUGGCAGCAGGCGAUUACCUUACCUAUAGUUCUCGCGGCAGCGAGCCUCCAACUACGCUUGAGAAGAAGAUCCUGAAAGAGCUGACGGCAACUUACGCUCCGUCGUACCUCAACACCCAGGAGCGACAGGGAAAAGCCCACCAGGGCACCUUGACCAAUAAACUCAACAACCACCUGGCCAACGGAGGGGUCGCGGGGUCAUCGUCUAUCGCCAAAGACGACGUCAUGGUGCUCGACAACCCUGGAGCAUUUCACCGACAUGACGACGGGGGCGGUUUAAGCCUGGAGCUCAUUAGGGAGGAGUCACAAGCGCCGCUCCUCCCACCGAGGCCACCCCCUCUGGAAAACCAUACCCCCUUGCACACGUUUUCAGCUCACAGGCGCCUGCCGCAGGAGAACAGCGAGAGCUUCUUCCCGCUGCUCCCCAACGACACGCACACACACUCCUCGCACACACACACUCCCCGCGCGCACACACACUCCCCCCUCAGAGACUCGCUCUAUACCAGCAUGCCCACGCUCACUGACCUCCCGCAUGGCACUGACGACCUCAUCAACGGUCUGCACGACGACGAAGACGAUGAGGAUGACGACAGCGAGGAGGAAGAGGGCAGCGAACUGCACCUGGCCAAUGGCAAAGGGGUCGUAAUGGAGGCAGACGAUGUAUACUACAAAAGCAUGCCAAACCUGGGCUCCAGGAACCACAUACAGGAACUAGAGAGCUAUUACCAGAUGGGACGCGGAGGCAGUGACGGGUUCAUCGCUCCACCUGAGAAAGAAGACUCGUCGCCUGAAGAACAGCCACCAGACCCCUCACAGCUGGUCACCAGCCUAUAGACACCGACGCACACACA